GUUUUAUUGUGAAGGACUCCGGAAGUCGACCUGUUGUUUUUGCUAGCAGGAACAAACAGUCGUUAGCUCUGUUAGCCGUUAGCAGCUCCUCUCUCGGUGUCCCGGCUCUCGGUGUCCCGGCUCUCGGUGUGAACAUGUCCCGAGUCCAGAAGCUCCGGUUGUUCGUCAGUCAGCGGCUGAACGCGGCGGUCGAAGACAUUUUGGCGGCUUUUGAGAAAACGGUCGUUAAAUACGAACAAGAAGCGGCUCUUUGUCAGGAAGUGAUCUCCCGCCAGCACGCGCUGCUCUGCGCGCUCCACAACCCGCUGAUGGAGCCGGUGAGCACAGACUCCUUCAGUCAGCAGCUGGUGGUCCCCUCUCAGCACCAUGACCAGGAGGACCCAGAGCCAUCACGCAUCAGAGAGGAACCGGAGCGAGAGCCGCUUCUAGACCUGGACGAGGCAGACAUCAUCCAGUUCACCUACAGCACCAAGCCUGGACCCAGGCUGGGUCAGGAUGUGGAUCGGCUGUCUGCUCUCGGAGAAGAACCGGAUCCAGAUCCGGAGAUCCAGCUGGUGUCGUCUGAGACCGAGGACAGCGACGACUACAGCAGAGACUCCGACACCAGAACUGCUUUGAGCCGGUCUAAAGCAAAACAGGGCCGCAGACCAGGAGGACCACUGAGCUGCAGAGUCUGCAACCGGACCUUCAGGGCCCGCCGGGCUCUGUUCAGGCACCUCAGGGCCCACCUGCAGGAGGCGGUCUGCGGGGUGUGUGGGGGCCGCUUCGAAGCUGCUGAGAGUCUCAAGAUCCACAUCCAGACUCACCGGACCCCUCAGAGAAAGAGGGGGGAGCCGGAGGUCCAGACCAGGACCCGGAGCGGAGAGAGGCGGUCUCACCGACCCAACACGAAGACAAGCCCAGAACCACACACCUGUGGCGAGUGCGGGAAGAGGUUCCUGCAGGUCUGGAGGAAGAGGAAGCACCGGUGCCAUCCCCCGAGACUGGGCCAGGAGGGUCCGCAGGGGACUGUACACAGGACCAGAACUUAAAGGAGUCCAGUUUCUGUAGUUUAGUUUAUUUUCUUUAAUAAUCUUAUUUUUAUUGUCAGAUUUGUUUUUGUUUUUAAUAUUUGGAGAAAAACAAUAUUUUAAUUACACAUUUUUGAGAAUAAAGUUGUUAAAUGCAACAAAUCAGAAUAAAAAGUAUUUUUUGAUUAAAAACUCAUUUUCUCCAAAUUUAAACUUUAUUCUCAAAAUAUUUUUAUGUUGUUUUCAGAUAUCUGACAAUAAAGUUGUAAUAUUUGUAGAAAAACACAUUUUAUAUUUGGAGAUAUUUUAUUUUUGAGAUUUUUGUAACUUUAGAGAAACUUUAAAGACUUUGAUACUUUAAGUGUAAUUUGUUACUUUAAGAAAGUCAACAGGUAGAAAACAGUUUCUCCUUCAGUUUCCAUGGUAACAUCUUUAUUGGUUCGGUUUCUCUCCCUGAGCUCAGUGGGAAUGUUGUAAUAUUGUGUUUAUUGAUUAUUGGUUCUGAUAAUCAGCUGUCACAUUCCAAUAAAGACAUUUUCUGUCA